AUGUCUAAAGCACUGGUGAUUGUCUGCCCGAUUCGCAUUGAUCAAGUCCUAGAAGGCGGUUCCGGCCUGCUACAUCUGGCCAUACUGGCCCACAACAUUGAGACUGCCCAGUUUUUGAUGGCGGCAAAAAUCUCCCCGAAAAUUCGAGACAUUAAAGGCUUGACCGCAGACCAAGUGUGCUUCAACCCUUCUGUGAGGAAACAGAUGGCGCCACGAUACCUUUUGAACCGAGAUGUGUCCAGGGACAAGAUCAUGCUGAAGCCCAGCAUCCAGGAGAAGGAUGACAUAUUCAAACUGGCAGCUAGCCCUAAACAUUUUGUUGAUAUUCAGAAAAAACUGCAUACUUUGGACUUCAAUGUGAAUACGGAAUGUGACAACAGUGGAGAUUUUCUAUUGCAUAUUGCUGUUCGAGAAGGGCUCAACCAGCUUCCAUUACUGAUGGCACUAAUAAACAUCCAGAGGGCAGACGUGGAGUUGUGCAAUGCUGCUGGAAUGACUCCUCUCAUGAUAGCUGCCCAAGCUGGAAACUGUGUUCUUUGUGAUGUUCUGGUGUGUCUGUUUGGAGCAGAUCCGAACAAACGCAGUCCACAGUCAGGCAGGAGUGCACUCCACUAUGCAGCAGAAAGCAACCACAGAAAAACUGUAGAAUGCUUAAUUCGAAGAGGGGCCGACAUUAAUAUGGAGGAUCAUGAAGGCCUGCGAGCGGAUGAUGUCCCAACAUGCAGUGCUGUCACAGAUGACUGUCGGGAGGUGAUUGUGUUCAACAGAAGUAAACGUCUGGAAAUGCUGAGUGAUUUGGUGAAAAAGGGAGAGGUGGUCUCAAGCCAGCUCCUACCGUCAGACCUGUGUGUGGUAGAUGAAGAUGGAAACACCCUCAUCAUGCUUGCUGCAUCCUACAACAGGUUUCAAACCUUACACUGCCUCCUUGACAUUAGCAAAUCCACAAUGAAUGCACAGCACAGCAAAACUGGCAUGACUGCGUUAGCACUGGCAGCCAAGUUGGGGCAUGCAGAAGCUGUCACUGUUCUGCUGAGACAUAAAGCAGUGCCCACAAUUGCAGACAUGGCUGGUUACUUGCCACUUCACCACGCUGUGAUGAACAACCAUGAGAGUGUUGUUGAUGUUAUACUUGACUUCUAUCCAGACACAUUUGUGGGGCUGUACAAAGCCAUGCGAUUCUGCAAAAGAACCUCCCUGCACACUAAACUCAGGUCAGCUUGGGAAAGACGGCAAGAGGAGAUUGUUACACCGAAACUUUUAGGUUGUGCUCUGAAUGGAAAUGCUGAGGACUUGUUUCUCUUGUUGGAUGAAGGAGACAAUAUUAAUCCUAAGAGUGGUACAGGAAACUGGCCGUUGUAUCUUGCAGUUGAGAAUGGUCACCUGGAGGUGUUAAAGCUGCUGUGUGAGAAAGGUGGUGAUAUAAAGAAGAGACAUCCUACCACUGGAGCCACUUCGUUACACGUAGCUGCAAAAAUGGGCCACCAAAGUAUUGUUUCCUUUCUGCUACAGCACUGUAGCAAUUCUGUGAAGAGUCUUGCAGUCUCCAGCCAGCAGGCGAACAGUCCAGCAGGGGGUUCAGUCUUACAGCAGAAUUCUGGACACCCGAAGAAAUUGCUGGACAUUAAUGCUGUUGACAAGGAUAAUAAAACUGCUUUACUGCUUGCAGCAGAGAAAG